CCGAGGGUGCACGUUUGCGCUCGCCCGUUCGAACUCUUUCCGCCCUCUUUUUCCCUCUCCCGCUUCGCAGCUGCUCUCCCUCCCGCUCUCGAUCUCUCUGUCUCUCCCCCUUCGCUGCUCUCUCUCCCUCUCCCUUUUAUCGGGUGGUGCGGUUUCUUCUUCUGGGUGGCUCCUCAGGCGGUUUCCGUUGGACCUGGAAUUCCUCCCUCGUGUUUCCUCCAUACGGCGGUUCUUCGUACUCUCGUCCCCAAAUUCGACUCAAAGAAGGUACAUAGGCUUCUCCGUCCUGAAUCUCAUCGUCUCCGGCUUCUCUGUCCAGAAGCUGCCCAAGUCCACCAUCAUAGCCUUCAAGGCAGAGUCGCAUGCCACAGCCAACCAGCGCAACUCAGCCGGUUUCUCGUGCUAUAUUCUGGAUUUAAAAGUAUGAAAUUGUGAGUGGCCUUGUUAAUAUGAGUACAACAGCCGAAUCUCCGGUGCAUUCAUCGAGCAGUGACGAUUUUGCAGCUAUACUUGAAACUGAGUUGGACUCCAAUACUUCUGGCACUUCUCCUGACUCUCAUGUUAGUUUUGCAUUAGAAGAUGUUGAGUUGGAGAGAACCAAAAGGCAAAGAGUUUAUGAGACUGAGGAAGCAGAUAUUCCGGACUCAGUGGCACUUGAAUACAAAGUUUGCCCACCACAUCCUGGAUUCAUUCGGCAAAUGUGCAUUCGGUGUGGACAACUGGAGGAUGCCGAAGCUAGUGUUCCAUUUGAUUACAUACAUAAGGAUUUAAAGCUUGGUACUGAAGAAGUCGCUCGCUUAAGGAAUGCAGAUAUAAAAAAUCUGCUGAGCAGGCAGAAAUUGUAUCUCAUUCUAGAUUUGGACCACACACUGCUGAAUUCAACUAGACUUGCUGAUAUUUCGCCUCAGGAAGAAGCCUAUGUUACAGAAACAUAUUUAAAACGUCAAUCUGAUGCUUCCAGAGGUGAUACGGCCAUGUUGUUUAGAUUAGAUAGGAUGCACAUGAUGACAAAACUAAGGCCAUAUGUCCACACUUUUCUGAGGGAAGCAAGCACCAUGUUUGAAAUGUACAUUUAUACGAUGGCUGAACGUCCAUAUGCUUUGGAAAUGGCUAAUAUGCUUGAUCCAAAAGGUGUAUAUUUUCCUUCUAAAGUUAUUUCACAAGCUGAUUGUACCCAAAAGCAUCAAAAGGGACUGGAUGUGGUCUUAGGUCUUGAGUCGGCUGUUGUGAUUCUGGAUGACACAGAGAUGGUUUGGCAGAAACACAAAGAAAACCUGAUACUAAUGGAAAGAUACCAUUUUUUUGCCUCAAGUUGUCAUCAAUAUGGCUUCAAUAAUAAAUCCUUGACAGAGUUAAUGAGGGAUGAAAGUGAAUCAGAGGGUGCUCUUGCAACUAUCCUCAAUGUUCUGAAACGUGUUCAUGCAAAGUUCUUUGAUCCGGGCCUUGAGGAUUACACGGACAGGGAUGUUAGGGAGGUAUUGAAAGCAAUCCGCAAGGACAUUCUGAAGGGGUGCAAAAUAAUGUUUAGUCGUGUGCAUCCAACCAGAUGUCCUGCUGACACUCAACCCCUGUGGAAGAUGGCAGAGAAUCUUGGCGCAGCGUGUUCCACUGAGAUUGAUUCAUCCAUAACUCAUGUAGUCACUGUAGACUUGGGAACUGAAAAGUCUCGCUGGGCAGUGCAACAAAAGAAAUUUGUGGUCAGUCCUGGUUGGCUUGAAGCAGCAAAUUACUUGUGGCAGCGUCAGCCUGAAGAAAGGUUCCCGGUCACAAGUAAGAACAGUAAGGGUAAAGGAGAAGCUUCCUCAAAUAAUCUCCCAACUGCAGAUCAGUUAGGUUGAAUCUUUUGAAUCAGCGGGCUUAUGUCUCAGGCUUUUGUCGCAAAAUGUUGAGAUGGCUGUUCUUUCAUCUGGAAGGUUGAGAAGGUGCUCGGUUGUCAGACUGGCUCAUGAUCCCGUGAUGUAUGAUUGAUGCAGCAAUAGAAGCCUGUUUAGUCCGGAGAGGGUUUGAAGAAUCACAACUUUACAAUUUUAACCAGAAGAAUAUUUUCACAUUCAAGCCUCAAGGGCAUUUGGACCAGAAAUUGAAACUGCAGGGUUCACCAGUGGAAAUCAGCCAGGGGUUUCCUAUUCAGCUAACUGUUGUAUCUAUCUUGUAUCCCAUUCAGGACUGGAUGCCUUUGGUUGAUUUAUCACGCUGGAGAAUUGUUCCUGGUUACCAGCUUCAUCUUGUUACAUGAUUUCACAUUUUUUCACCUUUUCUAGUAUCUGAUCAGUACAAUUUAGGAAUCUGGGUGAUCCUGUAUGGUGGCACCGUCCAUUUGGAAGAUUACAUGGCCAAUGCUGUUAAAAAAUCAAGACUUUUGGUUAAGAUGCUGCAGCCGCUCCAGUCGAGCUAUUUGAAGAGGGACCGACUUUUAUUGAUAAAGCAACAAUGUGAAUGCAGAAGCUUGUAAGCUUGCUCCUUGCACUUUAUCGGGGUUAUUAUUUGAUUGUACAACCGAAGGUUUGAUUUAAUAUAGGGCUGUCUAAAUUCAUUUAGCAAACUGUAGAUUUGAAAAGCCUCAUUAUCUCUUGAA